AUGAGUCCCGUCAAACCCCUCGUCCAUGACGGACUGGAAGACCUCAUUGCGAAGGUCGCGUCGGUCACCGAACGCCUCGAGUCCCUCCUACCGCCUCUUGGUCCACCCAUCAUACGUAUAGGCGGUUUGGAGCACUUCCUCCUCUCGGUCAACCUUGCCGUCGCCGAGAUUCUCACCUCGCCCGACAUCUGCGCAUGCGGUCAAUGCUCGAGCGACACAUCCGAGGGCGAGAAUCGCGUCCAACUCGCUAUCAUGACACAAGCAGCAAAUAUCACCUUCCUCGAGCUGCUGCAAUAUGCAGAGGCGGAGUGGAUCCAGCUUCAGGGCGGCGGGAAUGCGGGGAUCGAUACCGCGGUGUACCUGGAGGGUAACAAUACCUUAUUCGGGCUCAUCUGCUCAACGGCCGACCCGCAACCCCUGCACGCCUCAUCCUCGGGCGAGGUCUGCAAGCACUAUCGUGGCUCGGACGGUGGCAGCUCCGGUGGGUAUAAGGAGGCGCAGGGACGCGUGGAGGACUUCGCCGAGGAGAUAGAGCAGAGGCUGGAGGGGAAGUUGCGGUCGAUGAUGAAUGACUUUAUCGGUCAGACCAAGCGUGACGCGCUGGAGGCGGGGAAGGGGGCGAAAGCUUGGCGGAAGCAAGUGAGGGGGGAGGCGAAGCUGGAGCUGGCUCAAGUCAAGGCGGAGGCGGAGGAGCGGAUCGUGGUCAUCCAGGCGGCACUCGAGCAGAAUCGGCUCGAGAUGGAUCGACAGCGGUUCCGGCUCGAUGCACAGGAUGUCGUCAUCCGGGAUAUGGCGGAAAAGCUUAAGAAGCACCAAGUGGAGUUGGCGGUGGCGAGAUGUUCGCAAUCGGCCCCCACUGCCGCUCCGCCUCGACGGAAAGCGUACCCGCUACCGGUCAAGCCGGUGCUACCGGUCACCGACUCGAUCGGCCCUAUGCAGGAGCGAUUGGCGAAGCAGGAGAGGGAGAUAGAUACCCAGAGAGGGAAGGCGGAGAAGGUGGAGGAAGAGCUCAGAGAGGAGAUCGAGGAUUUGAAGCGCGAGCUAUCGAUCUUGCAGGCGGAUCGCAAGGACAUCGGUCUCGCGCCCGCCAGCUCAUCCGGCGGUCGGUCGGUCCUUCCAAGCACCAUUGAGGCGCUCAGCCGUGCGGUCAUCUCGUCGGCGUCCUUCUCGACCAUGACGGCCGGUCUCCUCACCGACCUCACCCGUCAGUCAAUCGAUCGCUCCGUCCGGACCAGCCUCCUACUCAUCUUCCGGAACUGGCAAGUCCUCGAUGAGCUCAAUAAGCCGGCGGUCUGCAAGGAGUCAUCCACCCGCAUGCUUGGGACGCUGGAGGGACAUCUUCUGUACGACAUCACCAGCUGCACCACUGCGGUGUCGGACGAUUGCUGCAGCGAUGACAUUGCCCGCACCGUGGCUGGAUACAUCGGCGCUGUACGGGAUGAGGCGGAGGUGAAGGCGAUGGAAGGGUUGAUACGCGGGGUGGAGAAGGAGCAGGAGGUAUUGAGGGAGGAGAAGCAGAAGCUGCUGCUGGAGAAGCGGGGCUUCAAGGCCGCGUGGACGGCCGCGACUACCUCCAUCGCCACUCAGCACCGGGCUGUGAUCGAGGACGUCGGAAGUCACGCUGCCGCCGCGGUCGAAAGCAUCUCGCACGCCCAGUCCCGAGCCGAGCUCAGCUUUCAGGAACGGGCUGCCACGGCGGGCGAGACCAUCGAUCUGCGUGCAGACAAGCUGGACAAAGUCAUGCUGGAGUUCGAGCAGCGUCAUCCUCCUCGGGUCCACUCGACCCCCGUCGCCUCCGUACCGGUCGUCGUCCCUCCCUCUACAUCCACCUCAACCUCCGGAAACGACCCCACCCUCAUUCGGCUUCUUCCUAUGCUCGAGCAAUUUCUCCUCGCUCAGCGCACAACGAACCAACCACCCCCCUUUGCAUCUCCUCCUAUUUAUCCAUCUACUUCCACGCGAUCUCAGCACUACUCGUACGAUCCGCACGGUAACGGCGCGACCUCCGGUGCGGUCCCGAUGGUCAUCGAGACUCAGUCAGGGAGUCUUUACGAGUACAAUCAGGCGCAUUGA